UCCGAAGCCCCAGGGAAGAGAGGAGACGAUGGUGGGGAAUUCACCUUCGCCAUUGCCAGAGAGAGCGAUUUAUGGCUUUGUGCUUUUCUUAAGCUCCCAGUUUGGCUUCAUGCUCUACCUCGUGUGGGCUUUCGUGCCUGAUUCUUGGCUGCACUACGUCGGACUGACCUACUGGCCUCAAAAAUACUGGGCCGUGGCUCUGCCCAUCUAUCUCCUCAUCACCGUGGUAAUCGGCUACGUUCUCUUGUUCGGAAUGAAUAUGAUGAGCACCGCACCCCUCAACUCCAUCAACACCAUCACAGAUAACUAUGCUGAAAAACAGCAGCAGAAGAGAUACCAGGAAGAGGCCAUCCCAGCACUGAGAGACGUGCCCAUCAGUGAUGUGAACCAAAUGUUCUUCCUCGCUGCCACAGACACGUACACCAAACACUGAUCUGUGCGUAGGACCAAAUACUUCUUUUCUGUACCGACACCAUAAUUAUGGC